AUGAAUAUGUUAAUAAACCAUAAGUGAUCAUACUGAUUGGGUAUGUUCAUUAAGUUUAAAUGAAUAAUAAAAUAAAUUGAUAUCUUGUUCUAAGGAUUCAUAAAUAUUAAUAAUAGAAUGGUCUAAGUUAGAUAAAUAGUGGAGUGUUACAUAAAAGAUAAAAGUUGAUUAAUAUGGAUAUCGAUUAUGUUUUAUUAAUGAUAACUUAUUUACAUUCUAACCUUAUGGUAAAGAUUAAAUGUAUAUAUAUGAGAUGGAUACUAAUAAUAAAUAGUAUAAUAAGAUUUAGGAAAUCGAAUUAAAGUAUGAUUCAAGUGGUUGUGAUAUUUUAUUUCCAUAAUAAUACAUAAAGUCAAAAUGCCUACUUGUGAAUAAGAAUGGCAAGAAUGUGAAUUUAAUGAGAAAGAAACAGAAUGGUGACUUUAUUAUUUAAUAAUCUAUUUAAUUUAGUAGUAAUACUCUUUAUGGACAAUUAAGUGAUGAUGGAGAGUAUUUGAUCACUUGGGAUGAUGGAUCAAAGGAAAUCUAAAUAAGAAAGUGUAAGGAAUAAUGA